CUUCCUCACUGGUCCCUACCAUCCCUCUGGGAUGACCAACCCCCAACUGCCCCAAGGAUAUUCCUUCCUGUCGAAUGUGGCUCCUGGAACACAAAAGAAGAAUUACUUAAACAAAGCCCCCGGACCGGAGCACAAGACAGCAGCCUAUUACAUGCAGGGAGUGUUCAACUUGGAGCUACGGAAGGAUUUAAUCUCGAGCACCCACGCCCACCAUCCAGACCUGAUCCGCCUCCACACGCCCAGAACCAUGCCACCCAACUCCAACAGUAUAACUCAACCUACCACCAACGGCGAGACCUCUAAUACUACGGAAACGUCGAAUGAAAGGUCACCACUACCAGCUGAUUCUGCUUACUUCACUACAUCUGAAAGCAAAGCCAAGAUGUUGACACGACUACGAGGUAGUAAUAAUAACCUGCAUGAUGGCAUCACACCCCUCAAUGAUCAGCAACAACUCCACAAGAAGAAGGAGGAGCUGGUGGUGAGCAUUGGGCGUAAACUUGAAAUCUUGCGAGCUGAAAGGGAAGCAAUCAAGGAAGAGAUGCGUUUGAACCAGGAGUUAGGAGUUGAGGUGACAUCCAGAGUGGAAGCCAGAGCCAGGCUUGCAGAAGCUGAGAAGUACAAGCUACAUGUGGAAGAGAUCGAUAAGAUUACGUCUUUGCUCUUAGGGCUAUCUGGUAGACUCGCUCGAGCAGAAAAUGCUCUCAUUAUGCUAGUUGAAGAUGCUGAUCCAGAGGAGAAGCGAAUCCUUGAAAGUAAGCGUGAUAAACUGAGUGAGCAACUUGAAGAGGCUAAAAGGCUCAAAGAGAACAUCGACCGUAGAGCAAUACAAGUUUCUAAGGUGCUAAACCAGUAUUUGACUGAGGAUCAGUAUGCUGAUUAUGAUCACUUUAUUAAGAUGAAGGCGAAACUCAUAAUGGAUGCCAGAGAGAUAGAUGACAAGAUCAAGCUAGGUGAGGAGCAACAGCAGGCAUUAAGGGAAACCAUGUUCAAGAAGCAGUGAACUUAGUGAGGCCCCAAUAUAUAAACGGUGUAUAUUUCUAAGGCGUCAUACAAAGUGCAGUAAUUGUGAUUGUUGAUUAUAAACUGAUUCACAGUAAGGUGUUGUGAAAUUCACCGUGGUGUCUGGAAACUAAGUGUAAUAUAAAGGACAAAUGAACAAGAAGCUAAGUGACAUUCAGCAUUCUUCUACAGAGGGGAUCUUUGCCCAAAAACACUUAAUGCUGGGCAUGGUACUAUUUCUUUAUCUCGUUUAUUUACCUUGUGAUGCAAAGGUACAUGCAAACAGCUAAAGAUAAUGUUUAUAUAGGUUUUGUAAGAGUUGUCUCGCGUUUAAAAUCAGGUAUUAUGUAUUACCAUAACAGAAAAUCAUGGCAUAAUAAAUAUAUUUUAUAUCUCCUAAGCCAGUAUUUCAUUAUAUAGCCAGGAGCUAUGAAGAGAUGUGGAGUGAACCUUCCUACUGGCAUUUUAUGAAUGGUGUCAUACAUGUGUUGAUAUGACUUGUGAUCCGUGUCCCAAUAUUUAUUUAUGUGCGAAAGUUAAACGUGAGAAGUAUUGGAUUAAGCACAUAAUGAACUGUACAUUGUAGCCAGAGUCUUUAUUUGAGGAUACUAGCUGAGGCAGCACCAGUGAUGUGCUGCAGGACUAACAUGAACAUUUAGUGGGCACUUAGAUAAAUUCUGCAAGAAAUGGGCAUAAAUACAAUGUAAUUUUAUGUUAUUUAAUAUAUUAUUAUGUUGAGGCUUUUCUGUUAAGUUUAUGUACUGACAGUGCAAUGAAUAUCAUGGCAGUACUUACUCAAAUACAUGUUUGAGUUUGCUGUGACCUAGUAAUAACAAAAACACAACUCACCUUAUAUCUCAUGGAUUCAAGGAAGAGUGUGUACAGUAUCUGUAAACCAGUUAUAAUGUCCUGUAACUAAAUAGAAAAUUAAUAUUUUGUAUACAUGGAAAACACCUCGUACCAUUUGGAAGAAUACCAUCUUCUCUUUCACAUUUUAUGAUAUUCAUAUUAUGGCUUUCUCGAGGGUUUUAGUUUGACUUCAGGCUGUAUUAUUACUUCUUGUAAUCUUUUUGUGUAUACAGUUGAUCCUAUGAUGCUUUUAUGCUUGGUGUGUUUUGGGUCAUUUUUUUUUCAGUUAAGAGUAAUUAUUAACUAAGGAGAGCUUGUGCCCACAUGUACACAUCUUUUUUAUACUAUCUGCAGUCCUAUCUAACACUGUCGCUUCCACUACAUGAUAAGAAGCCAAAUGGUUUUGAAGGUUGGGCAGCACAACCCAUCAUGGAAUAUUUCAUUAGUCCAUAGUAUUUUGUUUACUGUUUAUUAGUGAAUACAUCAUGCCCACACUGGCAGCUGGACAUAACUGGACUAGUGAGCCCACUAAAUGAUGGAGUCUUGACAUUCAGGGUAGAUAGUACAUUUACCCAGCAAGAAUUAUUAGUGCCACAUUGUAUAUAUUAGUUGUUUAAUGGAUGCCAAAAGACCGUCCUGUUCCUUGAUAUCUGUAUCUACUAACUGUGUUUAAAAGAAAUUAUUGGUUUUAUACUUUUAAGACUAGUUGCAAAGCAACGGUGUUGUACUGUACAGUAGUGCUUGUUUAUAAUGUACGCCAAAUUCUAUCAUUCUUCUACCUGGAAGAAAUAAAAAUGAGAGUUAA